AUGCAAGAAAUUAAUAGAAUCAAAGCUAUUCUAGAUCACAACUUUAAAAUCAAAGAUUUAAGUGUUGUGAAAUAUUUUCUUGGAUUAGAAGUUGCACAUUCAAAAGAAGGCAUUAGCAUAUCUCAGAGGAAAUAUUGCUUAGACUUACUCAAUGACUUAGGCCUACUUGGAUCCAAACCAGCUUCUACACCUCUGGAUCCUUCUAUUAAGCUUCAUCAGGAUAAUGGGAAACCAUUUGAAGACAUCAUCUUGCAUAGAAGACUUGUAGGUAAACUGUUAUAUCUCACUAAUACUUGGCCUGAUAUAACAUAUGCAACUCAGCAACUGAGCCAAUUCCUGCAUAAUCCUACUGUGGCACAUUAUAAGGCAGCUUGUAGAGUCAUUAGAUACCUCAAGCACAACCCUGGUAGAGGUCUUGUCUUUCACAGAAAUGCAGAUAUACAACUGCUUGGUUACUCAGAUGCAGACUGGGCAGGAUGUAUAGACACUAGAAAAUCAACUACUGGAUAUUAUUUCUUCUUAGGCACAUCAUUAAUAUCAUGGAAGGCAAAGAAACAGACUACCAUAUCCAAAUCAUCAUCUGAAGCAGAAUAUAGAGCAUUAUCCUCAGCAACAUGUGAAUUAACUUGGCUCUUAUACUUGUUAAAGGAUCUACACAUUGAAAGUUCUAAGCAGUCAGUGCUAUUUUGUGACAAUCAAAGUGCUUUGCACAUAGCUUCUAAUCCAGUUUUUCAUGAAAGGACUAAACAUAUUGAAAUAGACUGUCACAUUGUAAGAGAAAAGGUACAAGAAGGGUUAAUGAGGUUACUACCUAUUUCAACACAGGAUCAGCUAGCAGAUUUUCUAACAAAGGCACCACCUACUCCAAAGUUCAAUAAUUUCAUAUCCAAGCUUGGAUUGCUUGAUAUAUACCAAGCAUCAACUUGUGGGAGGCUGUUAAGUAGUAAUUAUGAAUCACAUAGUCUAAGCUAA